AUGGCGAACCAUCUCAACGUCUACUCCGGAGAGGAUUCUCUCAAGCAGUAUUUCAAUCCCGAUUGUCAACCUCCUCUUCCGCUGGUUGAGAUUCCGGGUUGUCUUAACCCGUAUAGACAAGAUGGAGUUCGCAUCUAUGCCAAGAUGAUGACAAUGCUCCCUGCCAACAAUGUCAAAUCACUCCCAGCCUUGAACAUGCUGUCAACGAAUGUGUCAGAAAAGACGGAAAAGAUCAUCGAAUACAGCUCUGGAUCAACUGUCAUCUCCAUGUCUCUGAUCGGAAGAGUGUUCCAUGGAAUCAAUGACACAGGAGCAUACUUGAGCAACAAGACGAGCGACGCAAAGCUCAGGCUCAUGCAGUUCUUCGGACUGAACAUCACGCUUUUUGGAGGACCGUCUCAACCGGAGCCGCUUGACAAUAGGGGCGGCAUACAGGCCGCUAGACUUCAGGCGAUAGAGAACGACAAUGUCGUGAAUCCAAAUCAGUAUGAGAAUGAGGAAAACUGGCGAGCCCACUACAAGUGGACAGGCCCACAGAUUCUCAAACAGCUUCCGGAAAUCCAAGUACUUUGCGCCGGAAUGGGUACUUCCGGAACUAUGACCGGGAUAGGCACUUACUUUAAGGAUAUCAAGCCUUCGGUGAUCCGAGUGGGUGUCUGUACCGCAGCGGGAGAUCGGGUUCCUGGACCUCGAUCUUACGCGCUCAUGGCUCCGGUGGUGUUUCCUUGGCGUGCCGCAACGGACAUGACAGAGGAGGUCGGAUCCGUGGAUGCGUAUGCAUUAUCCCUUGCUCUUUCCCGUGAAGGGCUUAUCUGCGGGCCUUCUUCCGGCUUUAACCUACAGGGUUUGUAUCAAUUCAUCGAGAAGCGAAAGUCAGCCGGGACUCUCGAUGAGAUCCGGGACGAAAACGGUGAAACCAACUGCGUUUUCCUGUGCUGCGACUUGCCCUACCAAUACAUCAACGAGUACUUUGGAAAGUUGGACGCCAACCAGUUUAGUCCCAUUACCAACCAUCACCUAACUGCGGUAGACCUUUACCGCUACGACGAAGCCUGGGAGCUUAAUGGAAAUGACGCGUUCAGCCAAUUCUUCGAUCCUCAUCCACUCGGCGGGGCUGGAAUGCCAACACUGAAAGUCUCCGUAAUCUUGCUCGAUCUGAGAGAGGCAAACGACUUCAACGAACGCCACCUCCCUGGCGCGGUCAACAUACCAAUGAACUCCGUCAAAAAAUCUUUGCCGAGCCCGUUUUUCAACAGCGAGGUUUUGCGAGACCAAUGGCAAGCGAUGGAGUCGUUUUUCGGCGAACAAGUAAAACGCUGCACGAUUCCGGGGGUUUCGUCUCUGCAGGGGAGGCGUGUGCUCAUGACUUGUUACACUGGAGACACCGCACGCGUGGCUACCAGUAUUCUUCAGGCGAAGAACAUCGAUGCACACAGCAUUGCAGGCGGCGCAGGCGCUGUAGCUAAGUGGUGGCCUAAGAUGCGAGCAGGAACGAGCUGUUUUGAGCAAGAAAAGAUGACAAACUUGGUUACAGUGAUGAGCGUUGGAGAGGCCUAG